AGGACCAAAGGAGGCGUGUCCGCUCGGGGGCGUGGGGGCUGCAGGGGCGGCUGAGCGCGGGCGCGCGCGCGGCUGAUCCCAGGGCGCGGGAGCCAGGGCCAGGCACGCCCCUGUCGUCGCAUCCGAUUUGCGGCUUCGCCUUGAGCGGUCUCCAGCCAUGAAGCUCCUUUUGCUGACUUUGGCUACGCUGUUGCUCUUGUCCCAGCUCACUCCAGGUGGCACCCAAAGAUGCUGGAAUCUUCAUGGCAGAUGCCGCCAUAAAUGCUUCAGGAAGGAAAGGGUCUAUGUUUACUGCACAAAUAGUAAAAUGUGCUGUGUGAAGCCCAAGUACCAGCCGAAAGAAAAGCCUUGGUCAUUUUAGGUGCUUUGAAGCUUAAAGCCAUGAAAAUGCAGAUGAAGCUGCCCUGAAUCCGACCCCGCUGGAUGCCUGAGCUCUACCAAUAAACACCUCUGGAUGACCCGUGUCUGCCUGCCAGUCUGCCCAGCAGUUCUCAGGAACUUCCUUUCAGGGGGUUUGGGAUGUUUGCAUAAUAAAGCAUUAUUUGCCCUUUUUUAAA